CGGCAAUAGUCUCGGCUAGCUGAUUGGAUCAACUGUUUCUGGGGUGGCCGUGGCGGGCGGGUUUCCGAGUGCAGUGGAAGGAGGGGGCGGGGAGGGAAGCCGAGGCUGGGCGCUCCAGGCCGGCCGGAGGUGGCGGCGGCGGCGGCGGUGGUGGCGAAGCUGGGACUUGGGCUGAGGGCCUGCUGUAGCAGCAGCGGCAUACUGCGACCUCAGCAGCGGGGUUCUCUGGAAACCCCCCUGGUAAGUGCAGAGGAGGCGGGACACUCUGACCCAAGACAAAGACCUGUAGCUCUGGCCAAAGAAAAUAGACCUUAGGAAGGAGAAGAAAAAAAAAAAAAAAAAGGGAAGAAAGAAAUCCAUCAGCUGUUCAUGUGAGCAGCCUGCAGUGGAUCUCCAUAGAGGACAACUAAUGUGAAUGGAAAGUGACUGUGUAUGGACUGUGGAGAAGUAAGUUGAGAGGGCCCUGAGUGCCUGGACUGGGUUAGGAACGGCUCGACUUUGCGAGGUGAGGUUGCAAGAAGGGAAAAGUGAAUGUGGCUUUGGCUCCACUGGGUGUGCUUUCCUCUGGGGCCAUCAGGAAGCUCAGCCCUGUGUUGUGCCGGGUGGGGGGUCUCGCACUGAGGAGGGUAACCUGCUGGCUGCAGUGGCAGAGCGGUGGCCUUGAUUUGUCUUGUGGAAGAUUUGAAAACAAAAGAGCAUAAAUAUUCUGGUCCUUCAGCAAUGCUUUCUCUGAAGAAAUAUUUAACCGAAGGACUUCUCCAGUUCACCAUUCUGCUGAGUCUGAUUGGGGUUCGGGUGGACGUGGAUACUUACCUGACCUCACAGCUCCCCCCUCUCCGGGAGAUCAUCCUGGGGCCCAGCUCUGCCUAUACCCAGACCCAGUUCCACAACCUGAGGAAUACCUUGGACGGCUAUGGUAUCCACCCUAAGAGCAUAGACCUGGACAAUUACUUCACUGCCCGGAGGCUCCUUAGUCAGGUGAGGGCCCUGGAUAGGUUCCAGGUGCCUACUACUGAGGUAAAUGCUUGGCUGGUUCACCGGGACCCGGAGGGGUCUGUCUCUGGCAGCCAGCCCAACUCAGGCCUUGCCCUCGAGAGUUCCAGUGGCCUCCAAGAUGUGACAGUCCCAGACAACGGGGUGAGAGAAAGCGAACCGGAGCAGGGAUUCAGUGAAGAUUUGGAGGACUUAGGGGCCGUAGCCCCUCCUGUCAGUGGAGACUUAACCAAAGAGGUUAGUGGCCCAAUGGCAGUGGGUAGGCCUGGGCAUUGGGAAGGAAUGGGCUGGUUCUGAAGGAUUGUUGACUGCACCGAGUCCUUUGAAGAACUAAAUAGGUUGGGCUCAGGUUUGGACCUGGCACUGCUUGGGUAGGAAUGGCCUGAAUUGUCUGACUUCAGGGUUAGGAGCUGGGAAAAUGUUCUAUGUUUUGAACCAUUGACCCAUCUCUGAGUGUACUGUCAGGCAGGGUGGUUCCUAGAACAUACCAGGGUUUUUACUCUUUAGAUUUCUGCAUGACUGCUAGAGGUUUUAGUUGGGGAGAGGGCCAUGUUAUGAUGGGCUUUGAUUGGGUGUAUAUUGUUGCUAAGACACGUGCUGUGUGGCCUCUCUUGACUUUUACUCCCCCACCCAUCCCCCCACACACAUUAAAACAUGAAUGCUGUCCCUAAAGUUCUCCAGGUCAGGCUUGUUGUUGUGAACUCUCUUUAACUCUCCUGGGCCUGAGCCAAGGGGUAGACUUUGGUAGUUAUUCUUGGCCAGUAGGGCCAAGGCUCCCAUUCUUUGCUAAAGGCCUGCUGCAGGGAGUAGAGCAGAAAAGACUAGAAGCUAGAGAGAACUGUACUGUGCUCAGCUCAGCUUGAACUGAGCGUAGAGGUGAUCUUUAGCUCCUGGCACUGGGGCUGGCAAACUUGAGGGCAUAGAGAGGGAUGCAGUUCCUUUCCUUUAGUGAUGCAAAUAGCUACUGAUGCCCUGAUGCCCUGACUGACUCUCUAAGUAGUAAACAGCCUCGGCCUGCCACCAGCCCUAGAGCUCCCUAAACACCCACUGCUCUGUGCUGGCCUGAUUGGUGUGAAAGGUGCCUGCUGCAGAGCUUGGCUCUCUCCCACCCUCCUGCUCACAGUCUCGGCUCACCACAUUUCUCUCCCUUCCUGCUAAGUCUACUCAUUACCUCAGCUGUCUAGAUUAUUAGUGACUGGUAGAGAGGAUGGCUUAUAUUAGAUCCGUGGUCCUCAUCUAGGAGUGAUUCUUGUCACAGCUGUGGGGAAGGAUGCUACUGGCACCUGAUGGGUUGUUGACUGUCUUAAACAGCUCAGGGCAGCCUAGCUGUAAGUUUACCUCACCCCAAAUUGUUAGUAGUUUUGACUAGGAAAGCACUCAGAGCAGUUCUCCUGGACCUGUCUGUGGGAGAGAGAGGCUGGGAGUGUCUGAUCAUGGGGUCCCGAGCAGUUUUUGCCUAACAGGCCUUUUGGUCUUAAAGUUUUAACAGUUUUGACAUGGUCUAGCUGGUCUGGAUCUUGUUAGAUCAGGGUAACCGUGAACUUGCAAAAGUUCUUCCUGCCUUAGCUUUGCCUCUCCCAAAUGCUGGGAUUACAGGCAUGUUCUACUGUGUGUCUUUGUCUUAAGAUUCUUGGAGUGUUGCUUGCCAUAUCACCUUUUUUCUGCUUCUCCUUACUCUGUCAUUUAAUGGGCUUCUGAAGUCCAGAGGUCGGAAGAAAUCCUGUUCCUGCCCCAAGUGGCAUGGGUGGGUCUCCUGAGAGCCCUGCAGGGUUAGCACUAAUGCUGGCCUUCAGGGGUUUUGGGGGAAUAUAGAAUUUCUUAGACAUAACUGGGUGUGUUGGGGCAGAAUAGGAUGGAACUUGGUAUCUGCUUUCCUUCUCGUGGCCAUAAAGGAGGCUGUGCUUUCUCUGACCCAGGCCUUUACCACUCCCUUUGCGGAGCUGGGUGGGUCAUGCUUGAGGGACCCAGACUGGGGAGGAGGGAAGGGAGGCCUAUGAUGUGCCUAGAACAACAUUUCCUCAGCAACUCAAGAGAUAAAAAUACCCAGGUCCAGAGCAUGUGACAGGCACUGCUGGAGCCGGUAUUAUCCCUGGGGUGGUAGUGCUCCCUGCUGCCAGGCCUGUUCGAUGGGCAGCCAUAGCUUAGGCCCUUGUCAGGGAUAGGAUUCCCCUCCAGGUUGGCACCCUGCCCAGAGCAAGGGGUGGCCUGUUUACAGCUCCUCCUGGGUUAGAGGCAGGCUGUAACCAAGGGAGAACACACUGUCUCUCUGGCCUGACCUUAGCCUCUGGGGGAGUAGUAGUGACGAGAAAUUUCUAUUUCCCCUGAGAAAGCAAUCCAGGAAGGCAGAAGUGGGAUUUUAAAUUCCAGUUCUGUCCUGUUUUACCUCCCUCUCCACCACUCCCAUCCCCAGGCACCCUUGCUAGGAGAGGUGCUAGUCAGUUGGGCACCAAAUAGUCUCUUUUUCCUCUUUUUGACUCCCCAGCCCCUCCCUCAAAUUGUUCUUUAAAAAAGCUAAAAUGAAAGUGGUAACUGGCAUAUCUGUGGCCAGGACGUUGCUCAGCACCUGUCUCCCAGAUAUCGGGCUUCAGAAUUGUCCCCCUCCCUUUUUUAUUUAUUUAUUUUUUGGUAGGGGAUAGGCCUGGCCUGCGCUGACAUGCCUCAUGUAUGUAAUAAUGACUUUCCCCUUUCCUCCCUCCGGUCUGGCUUGUUGUAGGGUGACAAAGCUCCUGGGCCUUUUUUUUUUUUUUUGGCUUGGGUUGCCCUGGGUUCUUGCCCAGCCUGGCUUGUGAUCCCUAUCCUUGAGGACUAGCCAUAGCCUUCCUAAGGAAUGGGCGAACUCCUUCCACUUCCCAGCAAAGAAUUUAGUUUCUCCGUGAAGCUUCUGGAGGAGUGUCUGCCCAGUCACAGGAGUGGGCUGGAAGAGCAAGAUGCGACAGGAGGGAGGAAAGUGGCACCCCUUCCCCCAGGACUCUCACUGCACCACCCCAGCUGAUUGACUGGGCUGGGUGGGGCUGCCCGCCCCUGGGUGCAUCUCCUCAAGGAGACGGAGGCGGCCCAGGGAUGGGCCGGUUCCUUGCGGCAGCUUCUCCAGCUGCCCUGGUGCAGAGAUUGGCUCCCUUCUGCAGCUAGGUAACAGGCGGUGGGAGGGGAUUGGCUCCUUCCGCAUCUCCAGCGGAGACUUGGGGGAGGAGAUUGGCUCGCGGCGCAGCCUAGGUAACGACAGUGGGAGGGGAUUGGCUCUUUCCGCAGCCCCAGCUGCUGACCUGGGGGAGGGGAUUGGUUCUCUGCAGCCUCAGCAGUGACCUGCGGGGUGGGAGGGGGAGGGGAUUGGCUCCUUGCGGCAGCCUAGGUAACAAGUUUGGGGGGCGUGGGGAGGGGGAGAGGGAGGAGCGGGAGGAUAGGCUCAGGAGGGAGUUGCUUUCCUCUGCAGCGUGAGCGCUGAGCAUGGGGUGGGAGUCCCGACUCACUGCAGCCUCUGCGGUGAGCUCAGGGUGGGGGCUGCUGGGCGCCUGAGUGGAACUGGGGUUGUGAGGUGGGAGGGGGCUGCUCCAGGAUGGAGGAAGGGGGCUGGGCUGGGCCGCCCAGGCAGCAGCACGGGCGGGGCACCUUCCUCGGGCCCCUCGGAGCUACCAAGGGGCCACCCUUCCAGCCUGGUGUGCUUCCUGCAAGCCACGAGCUCCUUGCAGCCCCCUGUCCGGCUUACCGGCACCGGCUGCUCUGGGGCUCCUCUCGCAGACCAUGACCCGCCUGGACCGCAGCUCUCACAGUGGUGGGGGCCAUGCCAAAGACAGGCCCCUUAACUCUUGGCUGGCUGGUCACCGGGUGGCCCAGCCCCCCUCCACUCCUGGGUCCAGGGCUUCUGUUCAGGAUAUAGAUCUGAUUGACAUCCUUUGGCGACAGGAUAUUGAUCUGGGGGCUGGGCGUGAGGUUUUUGACUACAGUCAUCGCCAGAAGGAGCAAGAUGUGGAUAAGGAACUACAAGAUGGAGGAGAGCGAGAGGACACCUGGUCAGGCGAGGGCGCGGAAGCUCUGGCCCGAGACCUGCUAGUAGAUGGAGAGACUGGAGAGAGCUUCCCUGCACAGUUCCCAGCGGACGUUUCCAGCAUCACAGAAGCAGUGCCUAGUGAGAGCGAGUCCCCCGCCCUUCAGAACAGCCUUCUAUCUCCUCUUCUGACGGGGACAGAAUCACCAUUUGAUUUGGAACAACAGUGGCAAGAUCUCAUGUCCAUCAUGGAAAUGCAGGCUAUGGAAGUGAAUACGUCAGCAAGUGAAAUUCUGUACAGUGCCCCUCCUGGAGACCCUCUUACCACCAACUACAGCCUUGCUCCCAACACUCCUAUCAAUCAGAAUGUCAGCCUGCAUCAGGCCUCCCUGGGGGGCUGCAGUCAGGACUUUUCCCUCUUCAGCCCCGAGGUGGAGAGCCUGCCUGUGGCCAGCAGCUCUACACUGCUUCCACUCGUCCCCAGCAACUCCACCAGUCUCAACUCCACCUUUGGCUCUACCAACCUAGCAGGGCUUUUCUUUCCAUCCCAGCUCAAUGGCACCGCCAAUGAUACAUCAGGCCCUGAGCUGCCUGAUCCCCUUGGGGGCCUGUUAGACGAGGCCAUGCUGGAUGAGAUCAGCCUGAUGGACCUGGCCAUUGAGGAGGGCUUCAACCCGGGGCAGGCCUCCCAGCUCGAGGAGGAGUUCGACUCUGACUCUGGCCUCUCCCUGGACUCCAGCCAUAGCCCUUCCUCUCUGAGCAGCUCUGAAGGGAGCUCUUCUUCCUCUUCCUCUUCUUCUUCUGCUUCCUCCUCUGCCUCUUCUUCCUUCUCUGAGGAGGGUGCUGUUGGUUACAGCUCUGACUCUGAGACCCUAGAUCUAGAAGAGGCUGAGGGUGCAGUGGGCUACCAGCCAGAAUACUCCAAGUUCUGCCGCAUGAGCUAUCAGGAUCCUUCUCAGCUCUCUUGCCUUCCCUACUUAGAGCAUGUGGGCCACAAUCACACGUACAAUAUGGCACCCAGUGCCCUUGACUCUGCUGAUCUACCACCACCCAGCACCCUCAAGAAAGGUAGCAAGGAAAAGCAGGCUGACUUCUUGGACAAGCAGAUGAGCAGAGAUGAGCACAGAGCCCGAGCCAUGAAGAUCCCAUUUACCAAUGACAAAAUCAUCAACCUGCCUGUAGAAGAAUUCAAUGAGCUGCUGUCCAAAUACCAGUUGAGCGAGGCCCAGCUGAGCCUCAUCAGGGAUAUCCGGCGCCGGGGCAAAAACAAGAUGGCUGCACAGAACUGCCGCAAGCGCAAGUUGGACACCAUCCUGAACCUAGAACGUGAUGUGGAGGACUUGCAGCGAGAUAAGGCCCGAUUGCUCCGAGAAAAGGUAGAGUUCCUGCGGUCUCUGCGACAGAUGAAGCAGAAGGUCCAAAGCUUAUACCAGGAGGUGUUUGGGCGGCUGCGGGAUGAGAAUGGGAGGCCCUACUCACCCAGUCAGUAUGCCCUUCAGUAUGCUGGGGAUGGCAGUGUCCUCCUCAUUCCUCGCACGAUGGCUGACCAGCAGGCCCGGCGACAGGAGAGAAAGCCAAAGGACCGGAGGAAGUGAGCUUGGGGAGGCAGGGGGUGGACGCUCACUAAGACCGAAACUGGAGAAGGGCUGGGCCUGGACCUAAUGUUGGGGACUUAAAUGCCUUCUUAUCCAAUAUAUCUUCUCAGAUGGGAUGACUGCGGGUCAGUGCACCGAAGAGGCGGGCGCAGGCGCUGUCUGGCUUAGCUGCCCCACUGGGAGUGGGCAGGGAUGACCAGACUAUUUGGGUGAUGGGGGCCCCAGCCCAUUUCCUUUCUCCUGAGGGAAGGUGGUUGGCAUGCUGGAGGAAGCAGAGCUGUGUGGAGUGGGGCAGGCAGAGGGAAAGGAGAGAAAGUAGUGGGAAGUCUCAGUCCUGGACGGAGAAAAGGAAGGAUCCCUAAAAUCAAAGCAGUCAGAAAGACCAGCGCGCUGUUGAGGGCUUUGGCCAGCGCUCGAGGCAGUGAGUGCAGGAGACUCCAGUGGGCCUGGGUUGAGUUGGUAAGGCUGGUAUGGAGACACAGACAUGGUGGGGCCACUGAAGGGCUCUUUAGCUGUUUCUUGAACUCUUGCAUCCCUGAAGAGGAAGAAACUCUCGGAUGGCACCUGUAAUAUUUCAGUUACUAAAACGAGACAUGUAGGGCCCAAUACCUCCAUGGUUAGGCCCAAGGAGGGCAGAGCUGUAGGAAGUGAUGAUGAGGCCUGUGUUGCAGCAGCCCCAAUAUCAAGCAUGUCACUCACUGCCCCACCACAGCCACCUCCUCCCUAGCCAUCCCAGAGCUGAGGCUCCCACUGUCCUCAGAGAGCCUGCAUGGAAAUGCUGUCCUCUUCCAUUCUCUUCCCUUUCGUGGUACCACCCUCACUGGCUGCCUCCAGCUCUGGAGUGGGGUGCUAUUCUGGCGGUAUCUGGAACUUGGCCUACAGCUUCCUCUGCAGGGUCUAAACAGGGAAGGAGAUGGUGUGGAGGAGAGGCCCCAGUGACAUCCAGGCACUGUUCAGCACAACACUGGGAAGUGACUCUUCCCUCAGGCCCCUCUGCCUACUAACACCUGGGCUCCUCAUGGGGAAACAAAAGCCUAUAAACCCCAGCAGCAGAACCUAGUCCUCUUAGAAUUUUUUGCGCUUUGAUUUUUUAGGGCGUGUGCCCUGUUACACUUACAGGGCCCUAGGAUGCUUGUGUUGAGUAAAAAGGAGAUGCCCCCAUAUUCAAAGCUGCUAAAUGUUCUCUUUGCCAUAAAGACUCCGUGUUAACUGUGUAAACACUUGGGAUUUUUCUCCUCUGUCCCGAGGUCUGGUCUUGCUUUCUUUUUUGGGUUUCUUUCUAGGAAAAGGAGAAGUGCAUGCAAGGGGCAGGAGAUGACCCUCCCCUAGGCUUUCAGCUUCAGGCAGCUUCUUCACAGCCCGUUUAGCCUGGGGUCCUGGAGGACAGCCCUGGGGAGGCAGUGAGGGGCAGCACCAAGACAGCCAGAUGGUUCCCGGACCACAGUGUCUUUUUUUUUUUUUUUUUUUUUCUAAACUGCCACUGCCGCCCCCCAAUCUUGAUCAGCUCUGGAGUACUGCCUGCCCCAGACUAGCAGGGGUGAGGGGUGGGAAGCACUGAUCCUCCUCCCUGUGCAGGGAGGAGGGGUUUCCUAACUGAGCAGUAGGGAUAGAAAGUGGAGCCUGGGAGUGCUUUUUAUAAAUUAUUUUCCUUGUAGAUUUUAUUUUUAAUUUAUCUCUGUGACCUGCCAGGGAGAGGAGAGAAAGAGAAAUGCUGUGAGCACAUGACAAAAUAAAAUCAAAUAAAAUGGA